AUGGCUCCAAAUCGGGGUUAUCACGAUGGCCAACUUGUUGUUGACGCGACACCCGCUGGCGGCAACAGCGGCGGAGACUCUUUCAAGCAAAGUCCGACCAUACAGGGCCGCAGUUUUACGAUCCGCGGCGUUGUGGUCGGUCUGCUCGUCGGCCUGGUCAUCUGCUUCUCAAAUAUGUACUUUGGAUUGCAGACGGGCUGGGUGAGCACCAUGACCAUGCCCGCCAGCCUGAUGGGGUUUGGCAUUUUCAAGGCGCUCGCGCGUCACUUGAAGUUUCCAUUUAGCCCUGUCGAGAACGUCCUUGUUCAGACUGUUGCGGGGAGUAUGGCCAUUAUGCCUCUCGGAUGUGGCUUCGUCGGUGUUGUCAAGUCAUCUAUUGCAAUGGUUUAG